GGAAAAGAGACUAAGCGAGAGACGCUUCUGAAGCAAAUCAAAGACGUGGAUGAGCUCAUGAAUGAGGAGCUGCGCAACGCGCGAAAAUUCGUGGAGCGGCAGCAGCUUUUCGAGAAGAAGUACAUGAUCGGUUCUAAGCUGGGCGAGCAG